GCGCGCGCGCGCGACCGGUUCAUUCCGUUAUGGGAUGUUUUACAGCAUCAGCAUCAUCACAGGUCACGUGAUCGCGAGGAGUCCCGGUGUCGGACGGGAGAAAUGUCCGGUCAUCUCUUCACGACUGAUUUAUAUAUCCACGUGUUAUUAAUCGACACAUCAGUGUGAUGAUAUCGGUGAUCGCGGUUUGUUAGCGGAGAAGACUCGCGUCAGUCGCGUCGCGUCGCGUCUCACUGCAGAAUCUUCUGGGCGUUGAGCAGAAAGCUUUGAUGGACCGCAUGAAGAUCAUUAAAAAGCGUCUGUCCAUGAGCUUACACAGCGUUCGCCAUGUGGACGACCGUCUGUCUGAACUUCCAGAACAUUCUGGACUGGACGAAGCUCACGAGUCACGAGACGGUGUCCACAGGAAGAUUGGUUCAGAUGGAGAAAGUGAUCAGACUUCAGGAACAUCAUCAGAUGAAGUUCAGAGUCCUGUAAGAGUUUGUAUGAGGAACCUUCCCCAGCGCAUCUCAAAUGAGGACAUCAAUAAACGUCUGUCACUACCAGCAGAUAUCCGUUUACCAGAAGAUUACCUGAAGAAGUUUGCCACCAACAGUCCUCCGUUUGACAAGCCCCUCAGUCGAAGACUCCGUCGAGCGUCACUGUCUGAAAUCGGCUUCGGCAAGUUGGAGACGUACAUCAAACUGGACAAACUGGGAGAGGGUACAUAUGCCACAGUGUUUAAGGGUCGUAGUAAACUGACAGAUAAUCUGGUGGCUCUAAAAGAAAUCAGGCUGGAGUAUGAAGAGGGAGCGCCAUGCACAGCCAUACGAGAAGUGUCUCUUCUGAAAGACUUGAAACACGCAAACAUCGUCACGCUUCAUGACAUCAUUCACACGGACAAGUGCCUUACACUGGUCUUUGAGUAUCUGGACAGAGAUCUGAAGCAGUAUCUGGAUGACUGUGGCAUCAUGAAUGUGUUUAAUGUGAAGAUCUUCUUGUUUCAGCUGUUGAGAGGUCUCGCUUAUUGUCAUCAUAGGAAAGUUUUACACAGAGACCUGAAACCUCAAAAUCUUCUCAUCAAUGAGCGAGGAGAGCUGAAACUGGCCGACUUUGGUCUUGCACGGGCCAAUUCAGUUCCCACGAAGACCUUCUCAAAUGAAGUGGUGACGCUGUGGUACAGACCACCAGAUGUGCUGCUGGGAUCAACAGAAUACUCCACAUCCAUCGACAUCUGGGGUGUAGGUUGUAUAUUCUAUGAAAUGCUCACAGGAGGACCUCUCUUCUCCGGCUCAACAGUGGAGGAUCAACUACAUCUUAUAUUUCGUAUUUUGGGUUCUCCCACUGAGAAGUCUUGGCCAGAACUCAAUGAGAGUUUUCAUUCUUAUCAUUUUCCUCAUUAUGAUGGAGAACCUCUCGUCACUCAUGCACCCAGGCUCAGCAGUGAUGGACAUGAUCUCAUCCAUCAGUUGUUACAGUUUUCAGGUAGGCGGCGUGUUUCAGCAGACGUGUCUCUGCAGCACAUUUAUUUCAGAGAUCUUGGGGUCAGAGUUCAUCACCUGGCUGACACUGCUUCAAUCUUCUCCAUCAAAGAGAUUCGACUACAGAAGGAUCCUGGCAAACGCUUCACAUCUCACAGAGAGUCAGCUCUUGCCGGUCGCAUGGCUUCUGCUCCACCUGAACAUUUUCACAAUGAUGGAGUCAACCGUGUUCCUCUCUCCUCAUGAACUCCCUCAUGUGAUCACCGGUGGAGAUGUGAAAGACGUGGAGAUGCUGACACUGUAUAUCAACACAAGUGUUUGAGUCGAGAUCACGUGUGUUUCUAAGAUCUUCACAGAGAGACGACCAGCACCGCCCGUGUUUCUUUACCAUCACCAUCAUCAUCACCAUCAUCAUCAUUCUGUUAACUGCUUCUUCAUUCAGUCUCCACACUCAGGGGUAAUGUCUGACAUUUGUUUGAACUAUAAGCUGAUGAUGAUGAUGACAUCACACUGAACACACGUCCAUCGCUGCUAUAAAGAAGUAGAACAAUCAUUCAUGUAGAAAGAGCAACACGCUGCUGUUAUAUAUUUCUCUAGAAAGAACAGUCUUCAGUCUGCAGAAGUGUGGACACGUGUGAAUGCAUUUCGACAGCUUUGUUCUUUCAUUCACUGAAACACACAGAACUGUAAAUCCUAUGAGUGAUGAUCAACAGACAUUUAUCACGUGUGCAGCUGCACAUCAACACAUAUCAACAGCAUGUGACUCAACACACACACUGAUGACGUGUGCCCGACCCAUAGACACAAACAGGCAUGGACAAGCAUGAAUCAUUCACUUCUUUACUACCAUGAAAGAAAUGAGCGGUUACUAUAUUCUGCAGAAAGAAAAGAGAAUCAUUUCAGAUCAGAUGCAUUACAGUAGGACACAGAGAAAUCAUCUUUCUUAUGCAAAACAAAAUCAUGUUUCUUUCAUUAGAUUUUAGAGGGAAAUGUGUUUUUAGAUUCACAUGUGUGUGUGUGUUUGUGAAUGAAUGAAUGAACAACACUACACAUGUUCACAGAUGAUAUCUGCAGAAGAUCUGAUGUCUCAAAUGAACAGAAAACUCUGGUCAGGUUUAAAGGCAAUAAUAGAUGAGCUUUAAUUGUGUUUGUGUACAACAUGCAGUGAGCACGAAACACAUUCUGACACUUCAGUUCAUGAUGAACUUCACGUUUAGAAACCAGAAGAAAUCUGUGACACAUGAUAUUAGACUGUUUCUCAGAAUAAACCCAUGCCACGCCAGUGGAUGUAUGAUCUCAUGAUGAACAACAUCGAUGAGUUCUUGCUGUACGCUGUUUAAUUUAAAUAAAUGCCAUUUUCUUUCA